AUGCCUUCUUCUGCAAGCAUAGAUGAAUGGUCACUAUCCAUGCUAACGGGUGGAGUACCGACCCACUUCCCAUACUCACAAUCCACAGCAUCGGUAUUUUCGCACGAUGGAAGAUACUUGAUCACUACAUUAACUCAUCAGAUUAGAGUUUACUUUAUAUCCACUAGACAAUGCGUAAAAACGAUAGAUUUAGAUUUGGCUGGCUUGGUGGAUAUCAAGUUGGACGUCACUAAUCCGAACCAUGUCAUUCUUUUCAAAAGCUUUGGAGAAAUAAUCACUGUCAAUUAUAAAGAUAAGUUGAGUGAUGCCAUAAUUGGUCAAACUUCAAUACAGCAACAAUUGGGUAAUUUACUUCUAUUGUCGGUCUUGUGUGUUAGACACAACAAGUAUAUUGUCAUUACUGGAAAGAGAGAUAAGAAAAGGGGUGCCAGUCCACACACAAGAUUUAUAAACUCCAUCGAUAGGACGUCGGAGCUGGUGUCAGUCAUUGGCGAAGUACCAAAUGUGCUAAUGUAUUCCGCGUCUUUAGACUGUACCAAGGUGGCUUUUGUCAUGAAUGACCAUAAGGUUUUGUUGUUGGACUUGAGCACCUAUUUUGCUAAUAGCAAGGAAGAGGAUGAACAAGUAAAUACUACAUCAGUGUCAAACUUGGAGUCGUUGGUUGUUAAAGAAGUGAUACCUUUCCAAUAUAGGUCGCCAAUCACUUCUAUAGCGGUGUCGAAUGAUUCCUUGGUUGCCUUGGGGACAAAUGCAGGUGUGAUUCAAGUAUUGUAUGGCGGUCUCGUGACCAGCGACAAGUUGCAACAACGGGUGUUUAAAUGGCAUAUUGAUCAAGUGGAUGCGUUGCAGUUCUCGCACGAUAACAACUAUCUACUUUCAGGAGGUGCUGAAAAAGUUUUGGUAUUUUGGCAAUUGGAGACGGAAAAGAAACAAUUUUUACCAAGAUUGAAUGGGGUCAUUGAUAAGAUCAACAUUGACAAUAACAAGAAUGACUAUGUUGAAUUGUUGUUGCGAACUGAUGUCAACAAUUAUGAGAUCUUGGUUUUAUCAUUGGUGGAUCUUGUAUCGAGAUUGUCAGUAAACACAAUCAGACCCAAAUUUGCCAACAAUGUGAAAACUACACUAUCACGUACGAAAAAGAGACUUGCCAAAGAAGGUUUGGACCAAUUCAACAAACUCAAAUUGAGGUACGACUACAGCUGUCAAUUUGAAAUACAUCCCAAAACUAAAAACUUGUACUUUCCUAACGAAUCAUCAAUUCAAUCCUUUGACUUGGUCAAGAAUGAACAAAGUUUUAUUCAACAUGCAGCGUCGGUGAUAUCGACUGGUAAAGUACGUUCGGAAAUGAAAUUGAUUGAUCCUCAAAUUUCAUUACUACAAUUCACAACCGAUGGCGAAUGGAUGUGUACUUACGAUGAAGUCACGAGUGCGGAAAUUGAUCGUCUUUUGUCAACAAACGAUAAGCAAUACGCAUUGAAGUUUUGGAAGUUUGUUGAAAAUAAAGACAAGGAAAAGGAAAAGGAUAAAGAUAAUAGAAAUGGGUAUUGGGAGUUGACAACAAAGAUCCUUGACCCUCAUGGGAAAUCCGCUCCAGUAAUGUCAUUGAUUCCAGCACCCACUUCGUAUUUCAACGGAGUGGCAUUCUUAACUGCUGAUAAUAAAGGUGGAAUCAGGGUGUGGAGACCAUCAUACCCCAAGGAAGCUUACAAGGUUGGUGGUAGUGGCGCACCAACAAACAAGUCACAACAAAUUGCAUGGACUUUACGUAAACAAAAACCAUCAUUUUCAAAUACUGUGUCGGAUGCAGUGUCAUUAGCAUGGUCCGACGAUGCCUCCACAAUUUUCCUAAGUCAUGAAUGUUCAAUCACCUGUUUUGAUAGUAGGACAUUUGACCCCUUGGAGUUUCAACUUCCAAUAUUGACCGAAUCGAAAAUCAGAUCCAUCAAGUACUUGAACAACAAUCUCGCUGUAUUGUCAAAGACGAGAUUUUGUGUUUUCGACUUGAUUAAAGGUCAAUUGACCCAGCUAGUGACAAAAGUUUCAACAACUAGUGGUGGCAAAAACUUGAUAACUAUUGAUCCGGCACGAAACCUCAUUUGUUUAGCCAUCAAUUCAUACUCCAAUUUUGAGUCCGAUUUGGACAAGUUACAAAUCAGCUCCAAAUUAUACAUUUUCAAACCAAAUCAAUUGAAACCAGUCUCGGUGCAUCACCAUUCACUGGGAAUAGCCUCGGUUAAAACUGGAGCUGAUGGAUUUUUAUUUGUUGACUUGGAUACGCGUGUGGGAUCAUUGAGCUCGAGUUUGUUGGAUAUGGAAAGUGCUGGUGAAAUUACUGGAUUGGCUAAUGAGAUUAAUCAAAUGUUGAUCACAGCACAAGCAAACGUCGAUUUAUUGAGUGAUGGUAAUGCUCCCGUCAGGUACCAAUCUAAUGGUCAUGAUGAUGAAGCAGGUUUUGAUGAAGAGAGAUCAAAGGUGAUUGACUUGCAUACAUUCCAACCAAUAUUCCAGAACCUUGAUGGGAUUCAAAUAGAAUCUAUAUUCGAUCGUAUAUCAAACAUUGUAAAGUAA